GACGUGCGGCGGCGGGAGCUGCGGCCGCGCGCGGCCCCGGCCGAGGUCUGGUGAGAGGGCGCCCCUGCGGCUUGACCCCGCGGACCCUUCCCGGUCCCCGCGGACCGUCCACGGGCGGCGUCUCUCCUGGCCGCCCCUUUUCGGGCCCCGGGAGAGCGCGGAGCUGUCGCGUCCGCUGCGUACGGUGCGCGCGCGAUCCUGCGGUUUGUCGCGCUUCUGUGAGCGCCGCGGGUUGCGGACCGCUGCGGGCCGGCCGGCGGGGGCAGGGCCGCCGCGGGCCCGGUUUCAUUCCAGUUCGGAUCCUUCUGCCGCCGUCGAGGCGGCCUCCUACCCGUCGGCCCCGCCCCCGGCUGUCAGGCCUCGGGGAGCCGAGAGCGGUGGGCAUGGCCAGCAUCACGCAGCUGCUGGACGACCUGUGCGAGGCCCUCCUGCCGGCCGCGAAGGCUCACCUGGGCCAGCGCGGCCCGAGCCGCAGGAGAGCGAAGCAGAGCCUCAAGCGGGUGGCCUACAACGCUCUGUUCGCAAAUCUCUUCCAAGACGAGGCUCCCAAGCUGCAGCCUGACCCCCCAAGACUCCCCGUGAAAAACAAGAUCCUCAUGCUGUCCUUUGACCUGAGAGUGGGCGGCCUGGGCCCCGAGGCCGACCGGCUGGAGGAGCUCGUGGAGAAACUCGAAGCAGCCCCUGGCUGCCCACUGGUGGAGGUGGGUUCGGCUUUGGACCUGCUGGUGCAGCUGGCGGGCAGUGGCCCCCCGCAAGCCCUGCCCCGGAAGCGGGACUACUUUUUCCACAACAAGCACGUCGGCAGGAACGUGCCCUACAGCGGCUACGACUGCUACGACCUGAGCGUGUUCGAGAUGGACGUGCAGACUCGGAUCUCCAGGGAGGAGUAUCUGUGUCAGGACGCCAUCCAGAAGGCGCUUCAGGUGAUGGAGGCCGCGCCGGGCACCGGCCUGCCCACUGCCCGUCUCUUCUCAUAUGGCGAGCCCUGUGGCGACAGGUUUGAGAGGGACACCCGCCUGUCGCUCUUCGGAGCCCUUGUGCACAGUCGCACCUACGACAUGGACGUCCGCCUGGACUUGCCCCCGGUGCCGGACAGCGCGGACCUCUGCGGACUGACCAUAAAGGUGCCUCAGAGCGUGGAUCCGUCCGAAGACGAAGGGUUCCAGUCGGCAUCCAACCUGACCCCCGACUCCCAGUCUGAGCCGGGCACGACCCCCGAGGUCGACCUGUGGGACGCGGCGCUCACCUACGAGCCCAGCAGGCAGAGGUGCUGGGAGCACAUUGGCUGCCCCCCUGGCCGCAGAGAGGAGCCCUACCUCACGGAGGCGGGAAGGGACGCCUUCCACCGGCUCUGCCGGCUGUGCCGCGGGGAGCUGCAGGCGCUGGGUGCAGGCCUGCCGGCCGCCGCGCAGCCCAUCCUGGUGAAGGAGUGCGAGCUGGUGAAGGAUGCGCUGAACGUCUUGAUCGGGGUCGUGUCUGCCACCUUCCCCCUCUGCCAGCCGACGCAGGCCUUCGUGGUGAAGCGGGGCGUCCACGUCCUGGGGACCUCCCCCGAGAGCGUCAGCAGCCUCCUGGCGGAGGUGGCCGAGUGCGGGACCCACUACGCGCGCCUGAGCCACUUCUCCCUGCAGCCCGUGCUGGACGCCGCGUGCAGCAAGGGCCUCGUGUUCCAGGCCUUCACCAGCGGCCUGAGGAGGUACCUGCAGUACUACCGGGCCUGCGUGCUCUCCACCCCGCCCACCCUGAGCCUCCUCACCAUCGGCUUUCUCUUCAAGAAGCUGGGCCGGCAGCUCAGGUACCUGGCCGAGCUCUGUGGUGUGGGCACCUGUGGAGGGGAGCCCAGGGCAGCCUUCCCCACCGGGGUGAAGCUGCUCUCCUACCUCUACCAGGAGGCCCUGGACAACUGCAGCAACGAGCACUACCCUGUGCUGCUGUCCCUGCUCAAGACCAGCUGCGAGCCCUACACCAGGUUUAUCCACGACUGGGUGUACAGUGGGGUCUUCAGAGACACCUACGGCGAGUUCAUGAUCCAGGUGAAUCACGAGUACCUGGGCUGCAGAGACAAGUCUUACUGGACCCACGGCUACGUGCUCGUCUCCAAGGAGGCGGAGGAGUGCGCGCCCGCGUUCCUGAAGCACAUCGCUCGCGACGCGUACCUCUGCGGGAAGACCAUCAACCUGCUGAAGCUCUGCUGCCCCCGGCACUACCUCUGCUGGUCUGACGUCCCCGUGCCCCGGAUCUCGGUGGUCUUCUCCCUCGAGGAGCUGAAGGAGGUCGAGAAGGACUGUGCCGUCUACGUGGGGCGCAUGGAGAGGGUGGCCCGCCACAGCUCCGUCAGCAAGGAGGAGAAGGAAUUACGAAUGGAGAUCGCUAAGCAAGAGCUGAUCGUCCAGGCCCGAGAAGCCGCGUCCAGGGUCCUAAGCGCGCUGAGCGAUCGGCAGGUGUCCGAGCGGAUGGCCUUGGACGCCCGGAAGCGAGAGCAGUUUCAGAGGCUGAAGGAGCAGUUUGUGAAGGACCAGGAGCGGCGCCGGGCGGCCCGGCAGGAGGAGCUGGACGACGACUUCAGCUACGCCCGCGAGCGCCGGGACCGGGAGCGGAGACUGAAGGCCCUGGAGGAGCAGCUGGAGAGGAGGGCGCGGCAGGCGCUGGUCGACCACUACAGCAAGCUGUCUGCCGAGGCGGCCCGUCGGGAACAGAGGGCUCUGUGGAAGAUCCAGAGGCACAGGCUGGCGGGCGCGAGGGUUCGCUUCCUCCGAGACGAGCAGGAGCGCACUCAGGCCCUGCUGAAAGCCCUGUCGGAGGGAAAGCCCCCGGAGCCACCGACAGCCCCGCCGAGUGCACACUGUGGGGCCUCGUCUCCAGGUCCCGAGCACCCCGGUGGAGGUGGCAGCUGUGACUCUGGGUGUGCAGAGCAGCGCGAGGCUCCCCGGGAGGGCCCGAGCACGCCGAGGCCGCAACCCCUGGAGCCUCCAGCCGCGCAGGCCUGCGGCUCAGAGCUGGGGGCCGGGCCGCAGCCGGGGCAGGCGGAGGGGCCACGUCUGUUCUCCGCAGGCCUCAGCAUCCAGGAUUUCCUGCCCACGGGCCAGGGUGCGGAGCAGUCUGUGGACACUGAGGAGGUCUCUGUCCUGGAGGAGGCACUGCAGACCAUCGGCUCAGACCUGCCUGCCUCGGCUUCCUCCGCAGUGACGAACACAGGGUGCUCCGAGCCACAGGAAUACGAUUUCAGAACCGUCCUGAGGCCGGCUGUGGUCCCCUCAGCCUCCCCUGGGUCCCUCCAGACUCCAGGAGGCAGCUUGGGCUGUGAGGAGCUGCAGCUGUGGCGGAACACUGACACACGGCUGGACACCUGUGUCACAGAUGGGCAGGUGGCUCUGCCUUAUCCGCACCUGCCCAGGAGCAGCCGCCCCCAGGAGGGGAGCAGCCCAGCCUCGGGGCGGCCCCUUGGGCAGGUGUCAGAGGGUGGUAUUCUCACAGCGGGUUCUGCUUCCGGAACAGCCCCCUCCCGGCCACGGUGGAACGUCCACGGACACGUGUCUGACGCCAGCAUCAGGGUGGGGGAGAACGUGUGGGACGUGGCCCCCUCCCGGCCACGGUGGAAUGCCCACGGCCACGUGUCUGACGCCAGCAUCAGGGUCGGGGAGAACAUGUGGGAUGUGGCCCCCUCCCGGCCACGGUGGAAUGCCCACGGCCACGUGUCUGACGCCAGCAUCAGGGUGGGGGAGAAUGUGUGGGACGUGGCCCCUUCUCGGCCACGGUGGAACGUCCACGGCCACGUGUCUCAGUCCCAGGUGACGCUGGGGGUGCUCCCAGGGGAAGCCCAGCCUGACACACCCAGGCCUGUGUGGAGCCCCCCGGACCACGAGUCCCAGGCGAGCCUCAGCCCGCAAGCACAGAGCCCCACCUGGGAGGGCGAGUCGAAGCUGCUGCCAGGGCCGCCCUCCGACAGCUGUGCUCCGGUGGUGGGCUCCGUCCCCGCAGAAGAAAGCAGCGUCCAGGCCUCGCCCUCUGCGCUGGCUGCGCCUGCUGCUCCGGAGGACAGCGUCCCGGAUGAGCCAGGCACAGGGAGGAGCGGGGACACCGAGGACUGCUCUCCAGGUCGGCCUCUGAGCCCACAGGAAAGGGCCGCCACCCCGAGCAGCCCAGACGCCGGCGAGGAGGCGGAGGAGGCAGCGGCGGCCAGGCGCCUGGGCCGGGAGCAGGCCUACCUGGCAGGCCUGGCGGGGCAGUACCGCCUGGAGCAGUACCCGGACAGCUACGAGGCCAUGUCAGAGCCUCCUGUCGCGCGCCUCCUGCACCACGGGCUCCCCCGGGCCUUUGCCCUCCCCGAGGACACCCGAGGCCCGUCGGACGCAGAUGACGCCAUGGAUGAGACUGCCGUGCAGCUGAGCGAGCUGCUGCCGCUGCCGGUGCUCAUGAAGCACUCGGUCACCGCGCCGCUGGCGGCCCACGUCGCCUUGGUGAACAAGGCCGCCGUGGACUACUUCUUCGUGGAGCUGCAGCUGGAGGCCCACUUCGAGGCGCUGCGGCACUUUCUGCUGAUGGAGGACGGCGAGUUCGCGCAGUCCCUGAGCGACCUGCUGUUUGAGAAGCUGGGAGCAGGGCAGACGCCCGGGGAGCUGCUGAACCCGCUGGUGCUGAACACGGUGCUGCGCAGGGCGCUGCAGUACAGCCUGCACGGCGACUCCCCGCUGGCCGCCAACCUCUCCUUCGCCCUCAAGUUCUUGCCCGAGGCCUUUGUCCCCAACGCCCCGGACGUGCUGAGCUGCCUGGAGCUCAGGUACAAGGUGGACUGGCCCCUCAACAUCGUCAUCACCGAGAGCUGCCUGAGCAGGUACAGCGGCAUCUUCUCCUUCCUGCUGCAGCUGAAGCUCAUGAUGUGGACGCUCAAGGACGUCUGCUUCCACCUCAAGCGCACAGCCCUGGUGAGCCCCGCGGCCGGCUCCGUCCAGUUCCGCCAGCUGCAGCUGUUCAAGCACGAGAUGCAGCACUUCGUGAAGGUCAUCCAGGGCUACAUCGCCAACCAGAUCCUGCACGUCACCUGGUGCGAGUUCCGGGCCAGGCUGGCCGCGGUGGGUGACCUUGAGGAGAUCCAGCGUGCCCAUGCCGAGUACCUGCACAAGGCCGUCUUCAGGGGCCUGCUGACGGAGAAGGCGGCGCCGGUCAUGAACGUCAUCCACAGCGUCUUCAGCCUGGUGCUCAAGUUCCGCAGCCAGCUCAUCUCCCAGCCCUGGCGCCCCGCCGGCGGCCCCCGGGGCGCCGAGCACCCCAACUUCGCCCUCAUGCAGCAGUCCUACAGCACCUUCAAGUACUACUCCCACUUCCUCUUCAAAGUGGUGACCAAGCUGGUGAACCGGGGCUACCAGCCGCACCUGGAGGACUUCCUCUUGCGCAUCAACUUCAACCACUACUACCAGGACGCCUGAGGCCCGCUCCGCAGCGCCCAGUCUGGCUCUAGAAUGACACCCACGCCCACCUUUGCAGCAGCUGCAGCCCCCCCCCCCCCCACCAUCUGGCCCCUGGAGACGGUGCCAGGGGC